AUGAUUCGGUCUAUCUUCUAUUCAAGAAUAGAAGAUAGAUUUUCAUAUUUUACUACUAUAUGCUGGGAACUUCUGACAAUUAUGCUACUAGAGUUUUAUUUAAUUUCAGUUACAAUGUAUAAUUUUGAAUGAUCAGCAGGUAACCAAAGAAUAUUUAGUAAUAUUUUAGAGGGAUCCUCAGAGACUACGUGUAGUACCCGGGGUUUAAUCCGGGAAAAUAUAGUCCAAAUAAGAAAAAAUUCAUUAGUUUUUAAUUCUUGAUUUAACUUUUCUCUUAUGGCUCGCUCCGCACCGCAGAGAUACGGUAUUAUAAGUCGAUCUUAUUCUAAUUCUAGUGAUAAGCAGCCUGGGUGCUUCGCCCACCAAUAUUUAAAGGCUGUAAAAGUUUAUGAUAACUUUAAGGAAUCUAGAAUAAAUAUUUUAAAAGAACAAAGAGAUAAAUCAGGUGUUUACUGUUUAAUAAACAAGGUAAAUGGGCAUGCUUACGUAGGAAGCUCUAUGAAUUUAGCUUCUAGAAUGAGAAAUUAUCUUAAUAAGGCUUUUUUAAAAAGUAAACAAAAUUCUAAUAUGCCUAUUACCAAAGCUUUACUUAAAUACGAUUAUUCUAAUUUUUCUCUUUUAAUUUUAGAAUAUGUUGAACUUGUAAAUUUAACUGCAAGAGAAACUUUUUAUAUCACAGAUUUAAUACCUUAUUACAAUGUUUUAAAAGAAGGUUAUUCUUCUUUAGGUUAUAAACAUACAGAAGAAGCCAAGAAGUUAUUAUCGGAAUUAGCUAAGAAUAGAACACAUUCAGAUAAAACUAAAGGUUUAAUCGCAAGGGCUGUAACAGGUGAAAAUAAUCCUUUUUAUAAUAAAAGUCAUUCUCUUGAAAGUAAGAUAAGAAUGAUUGAAGCUAAUUCAGCCUACUCUGUUUAUGUUUAUAAUUCAUUUAAAGAGUUAUUAGUUAUUUUUCCUUCUGUAUUAACCUUAGCUAAAUUAAUUAAAUCAAAUCAUCCUACCUUAGUUAAUAUUAUAAAAGAGCAAACAAUAUUCAGAGGUGAAUGAUAUUUAACAAACAUACCUUAUAAUAUAAAUGAUACUCCUAUAAUAGCUGAUUGAUCCUCUAAAGAAUGUGGGCAAUUAGUCUUAAAUAUGGACAAGAAUAGUCAUAUUAGAAAAGCAGUGUUUGUAUAUGAUAUAAAUAGAAAUUUUCUUGCUAAGUACGAUGGAGUAAUGGAAGCUCAAAGAGCUUUAAAUAUAUCACAUUCUACUAUUAAGAAUUAUGCUAAGAUAGGUGGUGUUUAUAAAGGGUAUAUCUUUAGUUAUGAAAGAUUGGCUGCUUCGCCUUAUCCCUGAAGGGAUCAGGCGUAUUAA